AGCAGCAUUACUUGUUUCCCACAGGUGGUAUAAAUUAGCCUAAUUAACCUGCCUCCUUGACUCAUUUGUGUUUUUAUAAAGACUGAUUUUAAUAGCGCCUGAUGGUUUUUAACAUGAAAGUUACAGACAGUAACGUGAUUCGCUUCCACCUUCAAGUCAUCCAUGGAAUAAAUGUCAAACGUGUUGAGAGGAAAAAUGAGAGACUCUUUCUCGGCGGCGCGAAGGUUUUUGGUGUCCCUUUGGAGAAUUUGCCGAGGUGCUUCAUUUCUGAAUUCGGCCUGGUGCCCUGCUUUCUGGUGGACGCCUGCUCGUUGCUUCUGGAGCGUGCUGGGACCGUGGGUCUGUUCAGAAAACCAGGCUCUCUCCCUCGCAUCAAGACUCUCAGGGCCAAGCUGAAUCGCGGAGAGGCAUGUUUAUCUACUGCUUUCCCCUACGACGUGGCCACCCUUAUCAAACAGUUCUGCAGGGAGCUUCCGGAACCGUUAUUUCCUCCGGAGAUCCAAGACGCCAUGCUCAAGGCCCAGAUGCUUGCUCCUCUGCAGGACAGGACCUCGGCCCUCCAACUGCUGUCCUGUUUGCUGCCUGCCAGAAACUCCUCCUGUCUGCAUUACUUGUUUGACUUCUUGUCCAAAGUAUCCCACAGAUGUGAAGAGAACCUGAUGACCGCCUCCAAUCUGGCCAUGGUAUUUGCUCCAUGUCUUUUACCGCCUCCCAACAAGGACGAGAUGUCCGAAGGACGCUUUGAACUCCGAAUUCUCGUCCUGCGCACCUUUAUCGAAAAUCCGCAAUCAUUCGGUGUGAUCCCCAAGGCUGUCAUGGAUAGCAUGGAAUUCCUGAUGAACUUCCAUCUCGUGAAGGACACAAGCUCAAAGAGAGGAACCCGAAAAAGGCACAGUUUGAAAGACUGCGCGGUGGAUUCAAGGAAGGUCAAAGGUCAGACUGCCUGUCUCUCAGCAGAAACUGGAGCCCACCCUGCAGGAAAAACCGACACUGAGGAGGAGUCUGGGUCUGGAGACUUUCCCCAAUGUCCUUCUGUUUAGGACAUGUCUGCCAUCCACAGAACACAACUUUUCCGGUGCGGCGUCUACAUCUGAGAGAAUGAGGAGGCUGGUUCGAGGACCUGAUGUCGCCUUCACACCUUCUGCACUCGCUGGAAUGGGAAAAUUACAGCUAGCGGCCUGGAAUAGACGCUCCUCUCUAUGACACA